AUGGGGUUAGCAUCCCAUCCCACCCGCCAGCAAACUCCUGUUGCCAGUGUUGAUUCCUUGCCCAAAAAUUUGCCAUCGAUGAAGCCUGAGCGCCCCCGUUUCUCUCCACCUCUCUCUCUGAUCUCUUCUGAGUUGGACCGGCCCGGCCGUCCGAUUUGGAAUGAGUUGGCAUCGCCGGCAAAAUUUAAAAAGACAGUUAUGGUUAUCAACAAAGCAUUGCUAACGGCGGUAGCACUGUCGACCACAGUGAUCAUUAUGGCACUUCCUACGGUCCAGGUAUCGGUUUACAUUACCAAUCAAGUGACCAGAAAAAUAUUGAUUGUGCAUUGUCGAUCCAAAGACGAUGAUCUCGGAGCCCAUGCGGUAGCCGUUGGGUCUAGCAUCCACUGGAGCUUCGGGCCGAACAUCUUUGGCGCCAGGACAGUUUUUUGGUGCAAACUCGCGGUUCAAGAUAGGCGUAUUUCUUUCGUGGCGUACGAGCAAGGCCGCGUAACCUACGGAGACUGGGUUGUUCGUGACGAUGGAGUUUAUGCGAGGCCCUAUGGUCAUCCGAUGUUUCUGCAGGCUCAAUGGACGCGACCAUAA